AUUGUAAGGGUGCUAUAACCGUAUUUUCCAGCUUUCUAGUUUGAUAUUCUUCAGGUGAUGGUGUAGUCUUUUAGUAGUACUUGGCCAUGGCCCGGGCCAGAGUGAGAGUGAAAGUGCUUUCGCCUUAUCAGAUUUCUACAUGAUUUCUCUGAUUCAUCUCUGAUCCCAAGUCGGAUUCUACCAGCCACAAGCAUGCCAUGUUGUGUUGGAUUCUGGAGGAUGGGGAUCCAUCUCCUCCCCCUAGCCGUCGCCAUUGUCAUGCCAGUCUCUUUCAUUGCGACGUACGUGAUCGCCGUUCUACUAAACCAUGUAGAAGCUGGAUUUCCAUACAUAAGUGAUACUGGGACUUAUCCUCCUGAAAGCUGUAUUUUUGGACAAAUGAUGAAUUUUGGUGCUCUUUUGAUAAUUCUUACUGUACACAUUCGCUAUAAACAGAUCGUAGAAUAUUAUGCAGACGCCGCUGUGAUGAAUACUAGUAUCUUGAGAAUCAAUAAAGUUUCUGAAUACUGCGGCUACCUUGCCGGCUUCGGACUGAGCGUAGUUGGAAAUUUUCAGGAAACCAAUGUAAUUGUGGUCCACAUCAUCGGGGCAAUAAUGGCGUUUGGAUUAGGGAUGGUCUAUGCCUACCUUCAGUCUGUCGUGUCUUAUAAGAUGCACCCUCAUGUCUCACACAUUGCCAUCUGUCAUCUGAGGAUGGUCCUCAGUGUACUCAUAACAGUAUUCUUCAUCAUGACUAUUGGUUCAGGAGUUGCUUCCUCAGUUAUUUCUGGACAGGCCAUGAGAAGUAGAUGGGAACCUUCAGAUCCUGGUUUUACGGAGCAUGUUUUGAGCACGGCAUCAGAGUGGUUAAUGUCCAUCUGUAUGAUGAUCUUCUUCAUUACAUUUGUUGGCGAGUUCCAGAAGAUUCACGUCAAGGGACCAUCGGUGCACAUCCUGGGAGAGGACUUCAAUCCGUUAGAGAAUAGCAUUUCUCCUAGGAUUACGUGAUCAUGAGGUCUGCGAAUCUUUCUAAUGUUGUUCCAUGAUUCAUCUCGUACAAAUACUCAAAAAGGCAGUAAGUUCUGUUAGCCUGCAUAAACACAUGAUUCAUCUCACGCACUGUAUGUCAACCGUUUGGUAUGAACCUUCCUUUCACAGUAAAAACACUUUCACGAAAUGAUUGAAAUUACAGCUCUGUCAUGGAUAACCUUGAUACAAAGCAUACAAUAAGUAUUUUCAACUUAGAGUUUCGUUUGUGAAAAUAAAAAUGGGUUACGAUAGGUUAGCGUGAGAUAGCAUGAGCUGAAUCAUGGUUUGGUAGCUUAACACUAUUGAUACAGUGCCUUUGUUUUUGUGUCAGUUGUCAGGUUGUAAUUAGUAUUUCAAGACCAAGUUUUCCAAAUUUAGAAGUUACUAUAUGUAGUAUUUUUCAACACAAAAUAAAUGAUAUUUAUUUGA